CUUGGCAGCUCUGCUUAUUCACUAAUUAACUACAACCACAAGUAAUUAUUAACUACAACCACAGACUUUUGACACACAUUUUUUUUUAUUUUUUCUUUGCAGCCACAGCUGAUGUUUAUAGAAAUGAGGGUAAUGAGGCCUUCAAGAAAGGAGAUUUCAUCAAUGCUAUUCAUUUUUACACCAAAGGAAUUAAAAUGAACUGCAAUGAGAAAGAACUGAAGGCCAAACUGCACAACAACAGGGCUAUUGCACAUUCUAAACUUGGUAAGAUGAUGAGAGCUUUAAUAUGCAUUUUUUUUUUCUUUUUUGAAGCUAUUGAGUUGUCAGUAGUAGUUUUCUGAAAAAGGUGAUAAUUUUGAAUGCAUGCCCGGGAAAAUUUAGAUCUUAUCUUGGCCUCUCAAAUAUACAAAGAAGUAGCCUCUUACCCCAGAUAUCAAUGAGCAUCACAAGUUUUUCCCAAAAUUAUAGUAAUGGUAGUUGGUUUGCAACAUGUAUGGCUAAUCAGAGAUAUUUAUUUCAAUAACAGGAAAUCACCAGGAUUCACUAAGGGAUGCAGAAGCAGCCAUUGAGUUAAAUCCAACUUUCCUUAAGGCAAUUGUGAGAGGUUAGAUAUGUUAGCUGUGCUGUAAUAAUAAUAACAAAAGAACUCAACACUCUAAGGUUAAAUGAGGUUAAAUGGAGUUCAAUCUUGUCUCAAUUGACUUUAAUUAAGAGGUCGAGACCACCCUGAUGUACAUUUGAAUCCAGCUCUUGACUGCUAUGCCAUUACUUUCCAUUAAUCAUGAUAAGAAUAUUAUUUUGAACGGGAUGAAGAACUCAAUGUGGAAUGCAAAGUAAAAUUUCAGCAUGAAUAUUUUAGUUCCUUAAGUCCAAUGAGUCACAGGUGUCAUGCAGAUAUGUUAAGAGCGUGUCCACGAGAGCACCGGGCAGUCGUGCUACAAGCCAUCUCACCGAUUUCAGUGAAACUUUGGCAGUUUAAAGGGUCUACCCCAAAACUCAAAGAGACAAACUGGUUUCUGUUUUGGUUCUUCCGGGGGGAGAUAGACCACGCCCGGUUUUUCUUGGUUUUCACCAAGGAAAUCGCUUCAAAUAGGUAAAAUGUAUGAAGCUCUCACGGCGAUGGUUUAUAACCGAUUACUUUGAGGAUUUGCACACAUAUUUUUACAUCCUUAAUUAAUGUCUGCUGCGAGUAUCAGUCAGUUUGAUUGACGGCUUGUCAAUCAAAGGGGCAAAUAUACGACUUUGGUUUUAGACUUUUCGAUUCAUCCAAAUAUUUGACAACUUUGAGGUCAAAUAUCUCCCGAUGCCAGAAAGCUACAACACUAAUCCUAAUUCCCUUUAUUAACCCAUCAUUUCAUCUCUGAAAAUCAUCAAAAAAUAUUUGCGCACUACCGUAUUUUUGUCUUGGAUGCCUUUUAAAAUCUGCGACUGUGACAAGUUUCUCUCAACUACACCUGUCACGAAAUUCUUGCUCUAGGCGGUCACUUGACAAAAUAAACGUACAUUUUUAGCUCUUUAUACAAGAUGAUUGAUCAAGAAAGGUGAAAAAUGUGAAAAACUUUCGAGAUUUUUUGUAGGAAUGGAAAAUUUCACGUUUAGAGAGAUGCAUGUAAACGAAAAAUCAAUGGGAAAAUCGUAGCGUUUCUUUCUUCAGUCGUUUAUUACUUUGAAGAUUUGCUAAAAUCAGCAGAUAUGGCUUUUGUACGGCACAAAACAUUCAUUAGUCUAUAAUAUGAUUGUUAAUCAUCAUCAUUGCUCAUUUUAGGAGAUUUCAAAGUCAUGCUGCGUGUUGGUUGAUAUUACUACAUGUUCCAGUGUGCUACAACUUCGGCUUUUACAGACAAGGAAUUCUGCGCUCUCGCUCGAGAGCAAAUAUCAAUAGUUCUAUUGGACUAAAACUGCCUUUAUCCCGAAAAAUAAAAUUAAAAUAGUGUUGUCGUUGUCACUUACCGCCAUCGAACAUUUCCAUGCAGAACUCCGCUAAGCUAACAUCUGUUGUGUGACCCGAAGACUCUUAUUAGGAAUUAUUCAAGCGCGUUGUUCGUACUGUCUGCUAGAUAACAAAUUCAGAAUAAUCUGCAGAUUUCUAUGAUUAUUUGCCUGCUUGGAUCGUAAAAUAUCUGCAGAUUUUUUCAAGCAUUCUAAUUUACUACACAUAAAUCUACAUCUCUCUAGAUCGAGUGUUGCCGGCGUUUAAUUGCGUGACUUGUAAAAUUUUUAAAUAAGAAUCCGAGCCAGCGGUAAUUUGACGAGUAGCCUCCCUGCAAAUUUUUCCUUGACGAAAUCCCAAGACAUAGCCAGUUGUUUUCGUGAGCAAAGACAAUAGAUAUGAGAGAAAAGUGAGAUUCAAAAAUGUCCUCUUUUUUUUUUUUUUUUUAGCUUAAUAGCAGCUUUACCCUCUCCUGCAGUCUUCGUCUAAAUUUUGCAAGGUCUCUCCUUAUUUUCUGCCUUGUUCGGUCAGUUUCGAAUUCUGAAGCUAGAUCAUUGGCAUCGGCCUUAUUCAUAGAGGGGAACCUCAUCAAUAAACCAAUUUUUGUUACGGCAGAUAACCGGCUGAAGUAUCCAGCGAUUUGCUGCUGUAUCAACCGGUUAGUCUUAGACAACAUUUCUGGCUGGUGUCGUCUCUUAAACUCGAUAUUUGGGAAAUCACAUUAGCGGCGGUUGCCUCACUAGUUUCCUCCCUUGUCCAGCACACGUCUAGGAGAUAAUUCUCUGCUUUCUGAGAAAAGGUGGCUGUUUUUUGUGUUUUCCAAAGAGCCCAUCGAAAGUCCUCUUGGCUAUUUAGGGAUUGUUCGUCAGAAUUUUUACCUGAGGUCCGACCUGGAAUGUAGCCAUCCCCUAUAGAAUGGCAAGCCGGUCUUAGUCCAUUUCCUCUUGAUCUUAUCCUAGGCGGAAUUUUUUUUGUCGGCCUCACUGUGUUUUUCUUUGUCAGGGUACAUUUGGAUGGCAGCCAAUGACUGAAACGUCUUGAUACAUCCUUCUUUUAGCAAGAAUAUCUCGCUUUCUUGUUCCGUCUAUGACGGAUUGGGUAUAGCUCUCGCGAUGACCCGCGUUCAGAAAUCUGUGCACGUUGCUGAUAAGUACCCGCUUCUAAGAUUAGUUUGCUGAAGGUUUCUAAUGUGACGAGCCAAGUGAGACCCUGAGGUGCUUCAAACUGUGCCUCUUGAUCUGCGCUAUAAACUUGUCGCAGUUUUUAAGUCAGAGGGAGGAUCGUCCACCUCUAUCUAUGUGAGCGACUCUACAGUACCUGCGUAUCCCUAACAGUCAUAUGAUAUAAAGUUCAUCUCAGUCACAAAUCACCAGUUAGGAAAACUGAUGUUCAGAUAAGCGCUCUUCUUGCCCUUUUUCCUUAUUCAUUGCCGACUCUAAGAUAGCAGCUACAGUGCGCGUUCUAUUUAGGUUUACAGUCACCUUGCCGCCACCAGGAAGACUCGCCACCAGCUUUGAUUUCUUCUGCCAUUUGAGAUUCAUCUCUCUCUCACUUUAUGUCUCCGAUUUUUAUGAGGAGGAUACUGGCAUUUACGAACCCGAAGGUCUGAAUCUCACACCAAGUUGUGCACGAUAUUUGAGGUACAUCGUGGAAUCGCGGCCUUCGUAAUCUCCAAUUAAGCCAAUACGCGCUAGAAUAAGCUCCAUCUCGGACGAAAUGCAUGUUUGGGAUAGAUCGACGUCUCUCAAAUGUUUUUUUUUUUUAAGAGUUUAGAGACGUUUCAGAGAUGUCUAUCUUUGAUCGGCUGUCACAAAAAAAUGAAGCCCACUUAAAUUUACUAGGAAAAAUGAACUUGCCAACUCCUUGUUGAAAAAAAUUGGAAUUCGUUUGACCGAUACGCCGGUUGUUUCAAUUUUGCUUUUUCCUCGGGCUGCUAUAAAACAGUUCUGUAAAAUAAUUUUCCAAAGAAUAAACGUGGCGAGCGUGAGGAAACGCACAUUUUUUUCAUCAUUGUGAUCAAAGCCCAAUGAUGUACCUAAAUUGGUACUAACGGUAUCAAACCAUUGAUUAUUACAGGGUGAGCUUAGUUUUUCUGUCGAGGUCGACGUGACUUCACAUUAAAAGCAUUUUUGACGGAACAAACUAGUGAGCAUCACUGCACGAACUAAGAAAGUAAAAACUUGUAUUUAUCUCCCACGCGUUUCGUCUGACAAUAGUAGACUUCAUCAAGAAUUUUUUCAAGUAGGGUAAAUAAGCUUGUUCAUAUACAAAUAGUAAAUAAGUUUUCUCUUUGCUAUUGAAGCCAGUGGAUAGAAUUCGCCAGGUGAGCCAACGGUGUUAUACAUGCGUGAUAUUUUCCGGAAGUUACACGUACGAGUACGUGAUCUGUUUGAGAGUCACAGAUUUAGUUUAAAUAUUUCACUCCUCAACAUCACCCAAUGUCUCUAAUUUACAGAGGUCUUAGAACGUUUCAUUAUAUGGAAUUGCCUUCUGCGGGUAGAAGACUACAAGCGAAUUUCUCAGGCGUAAUUGCCUUUGAUUUCUCAAUUGAUGUUGUCGCAAACACAGUUUUUGGGAGUCACGAGAAAAAAAACUUAUCAGGACCUAGUUUCAUGUUCUAAUGGAAAUAAAUAGCAAAUAAAAAAACACAUUUUCUUGAGAAAUAAAGUCACAAAUGACGGGGUUCUCUGAAACAAAUAGUGAUAGAAAAGGAUUUCAGUUCUGGUCAAUAUUGACUUUUCAUGGCCUACUUCCAAAUCUGAGGGAACGUGCUGAGGGAAUAAAAAAACAUAAAUGUGUGAUAAUGCAAGCAAGAGAAUGAAAAUACAAAUAAAGAAAAAGGAGAAAACAUAGGAACCCGUGUUGCAGCGUGCAGAUAUCUUUUGAACUAGACCUACACAUAAGCCCGACACCAGCCAGAGAAACUCGAAAGAGUCCUGUAUAUAAACUAGCUCGCACGUGCACGCAGGAAAGGCCAUGACAAUUAGCGAAAAUAAUAGCAAAUGCAGAUGAUAUUUGCAGUCAAAAACAGGAAAAUAAGAUAACAGAAGGAUUAGGAACUUUCUAGAAGUGCCUUCUUGAAAAAAAAAAAAGAUGAACAAUUUUUACUUCUAAUAAAAGGUCACGCAGUGACCCUACGAAUACUAUUCCUAUACGUGGAAUUCCUUGAUGGUGGAAAGUGGAAAAAACAUUUUCCAGUCUUAUUUUCUGGAAACAUGGCGUAGUUGAUGAAUUCAUGGGGCUAUUGAUGUUUCCUAACAAAUAAAGGGGGCAGAGUUUCCCGUCAUUCGCGGUAUGGAAAAGCCGAAGUUGUUACACUCGGGAACUUGUACGUCAACAAGCAGGCGACAUGUGACUUUAAAAUCUCCUCUCCUGUUACAGUUUCCUUAUUGUAAACUGUGCGAUAAUGAUAAUAGACGAUCAAAGUAUAGGCUAUUGAAUGUUUUGUUCUGUACAAGAGCCCUAUGUCCUGAUUUUAGCAAAUCUUCAAAGUAAUAAACGACUGAAGAAAGAAACGCUUCGAUUUUCCCAUUGAUCUUCCGUCAACAUGCAUCUCUCUAAACGUGAAAUUUUCCAUUCCUACAAAAAAUCUCGAAAGUUUUUCACAGUUUUCACCUUUCUUGACCAAUCAACUUGUAUAAAGAGCUAAAAAAUGUAGGUUUAUUUUGUCAAGUGACCGCCUAGAGCAGGAAUUGCGUGACAAAUGUAGUUGAGAGAAACUUGUCACAGUCGCAGAUUUUAAAAGGCAUCCAAGACAAAAAUACGGUAGUGCCUAAAGAUUUUUUUGAUGAUUUCCAGAGAUGAAAUGAUGGGUUAUAAAGGGUAAUUAAGAUUAGUGUUGUAACUUUCCGGCAACGGGAGAUAUUUGACCUCAAAGUUGUAAAAUAUUUAGAUGAAUCGAAAAGUCUAAAACCAAAGUCGUAUAUUUGCCUCUGUUGAUUGACAAGCCGUCAAUCAAACGGACUGAUACUCGCGGCGGCCAUUAACUAAGGAUGUAAAAAUAUGUGUGCAAAUCCUCAAAGUAAUCGGUUAAAUACCAUCGCAGUGAAAGCUUCAUACAUUUUACCUAUUUGAAGCGAUUUCCAUGGUGAAAACCAAGAAAAACCGGGGGGUGGUCUAUCUCCAUCCGGAAAAACCCAAAACAGAAACCAGUCUGUUUUUUUGAGUUUUGGGGUAGACCCUUUAAACUGAUAAACUUUCAUUGAAAUCGGUGAGAUGGCAUGUAGCACGACUGCCCGGUGCUCUCGUGGACACGCUCUUAAGUCACUAUCUAGCUGUUUUAAAAAGAAGGAUCAGGACUUGCCUAACGAAGGACUAACGCUCGAAACGUCAGCUUUUUUACCCUUUACGACUAAAUUACGUUUUCAACCCAGUUGUUAACACUAAAUUACCUGCUGAAACCUAAUAGGGCCUGUUUAUUCUUUUCCGUUUAGUUUUUUUGUAUUGUUUUGUUGUGUCUUUUUUUUUCUUCUGGUCUGUAAUGAUUUCAAUAGUUUCAGGUUCUUUUCUCAGAAUUGAGCUACAGUAAUAGUAUGCUUCUUUGUGUUGUUGCCUACAGGAGCCGCUGCUUGUGUUAAAUUGAAGAGAUUUGAAGAAGCAAUCCCUUGGUGUGAUAAGGGACUAGCUGUAUCCUUUGAAGGAAUCUUUCAUUUUUAACCGUGGGUAUAAUGGAAAAAGUUUCCAUAAUUUGAUGUUUCAAGGGAGAAAAUACAAAGAUAUUAAUUAUGAUGGGAACUUGUCAGCUCAUAUACUUUAAGUGUGUGCGAUUAAAAACAUAGGAGAAGUUAUUACCUCAUGACUUAUUAAUGAAAUUACUCCUUUUAGCCAAUUUGACUUAGUUCUACUAUCCAUGCCAAUAACUGGUACAUUAUUUUAAACAACCCUUUAAUUUCCCAGACCAAAUUUGUAAUUAUCCUUACUGUCGACCAUACAAUUCUUGUAAUGUUAGUAAAGAGAACUCAGUAUUGCAUCAACUAACUAUUUUCAAAUUGAUAUAUUUUUUUUACUCUCAACACUUAUCUGAUUGAUAUUGUAUUGCUAUUGUAAGGAGAAAUUAUCUUUUUGUCACUCACGGGAGUUAAAGGGUUAGAAGACUAAUAUUCAUCCAGUUUAUACAUGGUACUUGGGUAGAUGAUCUCUCGCUCUAAAACAAGCCAGAACAAAAAGCUCGGUAAUGUUUACAUAUCUUAUGCAGAUUUUCUUGCCUUCGACCUUUUUCCACUACUUAGAGACUCGGAAACUUUCGUCCUGCUUUCCUAUGGACAAAUAAAAAUUUUAAAGACAUGUAUUUGUGUUGUAGACUCAUUUCUUCCACUGCUGUAAAACAUUCGUCUGAUGUUAAAGCUAUAUUAAUUUAAAAAUUGAGCAAGUGCUGCUCAGUUUUUGGAAACUAGGGAUUAAAUCUAGAUAUUUCGCGUUAAAUUUUGAGGCUGCACACAGAAAAAAACAUUUUUGAAGAGUAGAUUUACUUCAUAACUGACUUUAGGACUAAAUGUUGAUAAAUCAUCCACCUUUCAUGCAAAGCCCUCCUAAUGGGCCAUUUUAUAGUUGUGUACUUAGCUGCCAAGCCUUUGAUUUGGAGUAAGGCUGAAGGUGACCUUGUUGUGAUAGUGACCAGUAUCUAGAAACGAUAAUAACAAAGUAGUUUGCAUUUAAAAGCAGCAAUGUUUUUAUCAUAACAAGGUCACCCUUAAUCAUGGCUCUUGUUCAGAGGUUUGGGAACCAAGCACGCAAAUGUUAAAAUGGACUAUUACAUAUCAAUAUGAUCAGAAACAUAAUCUUUUUUGUUUUUUCCAUAUUUUUAACCCUUAACAUAAAAAAGAUCAACAAAAACAAUAGGAUCUUGUUGUCAUUAAGACUUCAGUCUGUCAGUGAAGUGGGAGAUAACUCCAUGGAGGAAAAAGAUCCUAUUAGUCAUGACCCGGGUAGUGCAAGUUCAGGUGAUGUCUGGAAAGUCAUAGAUCUCUAUAAUCAGGGAAAAGAAGCCAUAGAGUACCACAAUCUAUAUCUUAAAAAAGCUAAAGAAGUAGGAGACAAGCAUGGGGAGGGUUGUGCUUAUAGCAAUCUUGGCAAUGCUUAUUUUAGUCUGGGUGAUUUCAAAAAAGCCAUAGAGUACCACAACCUACAUCUUAAAAUAGCUAAAGAAGUAGGAGACAAGCAUGGGGAGGGUUGUGCGCAUGGCAAUCUUGGCAAUGCUUAUGACCGUCUGGGAGAUUUCAAAAAAGCCAUAGAGUACCACAACCUACAUCUUAAAAUAGCUAAAGAAGUAGGAGACAAGCAUGGAGAGGGUAACGCUUAUGGCAAUCUUGGCAAUGCUUAUCACCGUCUGGGUGAUUCCAAAAAAGCUAUAGAGUACCACAACCUACAUCUUAAAAUAGCUAAAGAAGUAGGAGACAAGCACGGGGAGGGUAUCGCUUAUGGCAAUCUUGGCAAUGCUUAUCACCGUCUGGGUAAUUUCAAAAAAACCAUUGAGUACCACAACCUACAUCUCAAAAUAGCUAAAGAAGUAGGAGACAAGCAUGGGGAGGGUAACGCUUAUGGCAGUCUUGGCAAUGCUUAUUUUAGUCUGGGUGAUUUCAAAAAAGCCAUAGAGUACCACAACCUACAUCUUGAAAUAGCUAAAGAAGUAGGAGACAAGCAUGGGGAGGGUUGUGUUUAUGGCAAUCUUGGCAUUGCUUAUCGCCGUCUUGCUGAUUUCAAAAAAGCCAUAGAGUACUACAAGCAACAUCUUAAAAUAGCUAAAGAAAUAGGAGACAAGCAUGGGAGGGAAACGCUUAUGGCAAUCUUGGCAAUGCUUAUUUUAGUCUGGGUAAUUUCAAAAAGCCAUAGAGUACCACAAGUUACGUCUUGA